CUCUCUCUCUCUCAUCUAUAUAGUAUGUGUACAUACAGUAUGUAUAGUCCUUCACUACUAAGUAUGUGUACAUACAGUAUGUAUAGUCCUUCACUACUAAUAAGGACUAUAUAUUUGGUCCAUUCUGUGAGCCUCCUCGUUCAUUUUCUGCUUGUGAAGUCUCUGCAUCUGCUGGAAAAGUCGCUUGGACUCAAUGGGUAAGACAAUUCAGCUUUCUGGGUUUCCUCACCUUGUGUCUGCAGAAAGGGUUAAGGAAUUCUUGGAGAAACAUACUGGCAAAGGAACUGUAUAUGCUUUAGAGGUUAGGGAGCCCAAAAAAAGAGGAUCAAGAACAUAUGCUACAGUUCAAUUCACUUCUGCCAAAAGUUCUGAGCAUAUUAUCUCCUUGGCUAAUCAACGCCUGUAUUAUGGAUCUUCUUAUUUGAAGGCUUACGCAAAGGACUUCGAUAUUGUACAAAAGCCAAAGGUCUAUGUGCACGACAUGGAAAGUGUAACUCUAUAUUUUGGAUGUCAGAUCUCAAAGGAGAAGUUUUCGGUGCUCUGGAAAAAGGCAAAUGUCUCUGUGAAAUUUGGUUUUGGACUAAGAAAACUGUAUUUUUUCUUGUCCUAUCUUUCUGUUGAGUACAAGCUCGAGUUAUCCUAUGAGAACAUCUGGCAGAUUGAGCUUCGUCGUCUGCAAGGUCAAACUGCAAAGUUUCUGCUCAUUCAGUUGCUCGGUGCUCCUCGGAUAUAUGAGAAAUAUGAAGGAUCUGUUCUGAACUUUUUUAAGGAAAUUCCUGAUGACCAAUGGGUCAGGUCAACUGAUUUCACUCCGUCGCACUGCAUUGGCCACUCUUCUGCUUUGUGUUUGGAGCUUCCAAGUUGGGUUCCGCUUCUAAACUUCAGUGACUAUUUUGCAUAUUAUAGAGAGAAUGAAGGCCCAUUCGUUUUGAAGAGUGGUUCCACUUUUUCUCAAAAUUUGGAUCUAGUACCCAUAAUGGGUCCUCCUCAAGGACUCGAAUUGCCAUAUCAAAUAUUGUUCAGAAUCUGUAUGUUGGUUCAGCAAGGGUGUAUUCCAGGACCAGCACUUGAUAUCAACUUUUUUCGGUUGGUUGAUCCCAAAAGAAAUGAUAUUGCAUGUGUAGAAUAUGCCCUUGAGAAACUAAUUCAUUUAAAGGAAUGCUGCUAUGAACCUGUGAGGUGGCUCAGUGAACAAUUCAUAGAACUCCGCAAAUCAAGGCAGCAUCUUAGAACACCUGCUAUUGCUUUGGAUGAUGGAUUGGUGAAUGUACGCAGGGUUCAAAUAACUCCAUGCAAAGUGUAUUUCUGUGGUCCAGAGAUUAAUAUGUCUAACCGUGUAUUACGCCAUUAUCACGAAGAUAUUGAUAAUUUUCUUCGGAUUUCUUUUCUUGAUGAGGAGUUGGAUAAGAUGCACUCAACAGAUUUAUCCCCACGCAUAGCUUCUUCAGAUGAGGAAAGAAGAACGGCCAUUUAUAAAAGGAUUCUGUCAACUCUUAGAAAUGGCAUUGUUAUUGGCAAUAAGAAGUUUGAAUUUCUCGCCUUUUCAUCGAGUCAAUUACGGGAAAAUUCUGCAUGGAUGUUUGCUUCGAGACCUAUGCUAACUGCUGCUGACAUAAGAAAGUGGAUGGGUGAUUUUCAUCGGAUCAGAAAUGUGGCAAGGUAUGCCGCCAGACUUGGUCAAUCUUUCAGUUCCUCCAGGGAAACUUUGAGUGUUGGUAGGGAUGAAUUUGAAAUUAUUCCUGAUGUAGAGGUUGUAAGAGGUGGAAUCGAAUAUGUUUUCUCUGAUGGAAUUGGGAAAAUAUCUGCUGACUUUGCUCGGAGAGUGGCUGUAAAAUGCGGCCUUAAAAGUUCGACUCCAUCUGCCUUUCAGAUUCGAUAUGGUGGAUACAAAGGAGUUGUGGCUAUUGAUCCAACUUCAUCAAUAAAAAUGUCUUUAAGAAGGAGUAUGUUUAAAUAUGAAUCGGAGAACACAAAAUUAGAUGUUUUGGCAUGGAGCAAGUAUCAACCUUGUUUCUUGAAUCGCCAGUUAAUCAGUCUUUUGUCUACCCUUGGGGUCAGGGAUCGUAUUUUUGAAAAGAAGCAAAAAGAAGAAGUAGAUCAACUUGAUACCAUCUUAACAGAUCCUUUAAGGGCACAAGAGGCACUGGAAUUGAUGGCUCCAGGAGAGAAUACUAACAUCCUCAAGGAAAUGCUUAUGUGUGGAUAUAAGCCUGAUGCUGAACCAUUCCUCUCAAUGAUGCUACAAACAUUUAGGUCGGCAAAGUUGUUGGAAUUGCGGACUAGAACAAGGAUAUUUGUUCCAAAAGGAAGGUCAAUGAUGGGAUGUCUAGAUGAAACCAGAACCUUGGAAUAUGGGCAGGUAUUUGUGCAGUUUUCUGGUGCUGGAGAUAGGAUGCAUGGUGAUAGUGGCUCGUCACAGCGCAAAUUUAUUGUUGAAGGGAAAGUAGUUGUUGCUAAGAACCCAUGCUUGCAUCCCGGUGAUGUUCGUGUCUUGAGGGCUGUUAACAUACCAGCAUUGCACCAUAUGGUGGAUUGUGUUGUUUUUCCGCAGAAAGGAUUGAGGCCUCAUCCGAAUGAAUGUUCGGGGAGUGAUUUGGAUGGAGACAUUUACUUUGUCUCUUGGGACUCUGAUCUGAUUCCACCGCGGCAAAUCAAACCCAUGGAUUAUACCCCUGCACAAAGUAUGCUGUUGGAUCAUGACGUUACAAUUGAGGAAGUCGAGGAGUACUUCACGAACUACAUUUUGAAUGACAGUUUGGGAAUUAUUGCAAAUGCCCACACGGUUUUUGCAGAUAGGGAACCUAACAAAGCAAUGAGUGAUCCUUGUAUAAGGCUUGCAGAGCUAUUCUCAAUUGCAGUUGACUUCCCAAAGACUGGUGUACCGGCUGAGAUACCAUCUGAUUUACGUGUCAAAGAGUAUCCAGAUUUCAUGGAAAAGCCAGACAGGACUACGUACGAAUCAGAACGUGUGAUUGGAAAGCUUUUCCGAGCAGUGAAAGACAUUGCACCCCACUUAAACUCUAUUGAAUCUUUCACGAGGGAGGUGGCGAGGAAGUCAUAUGAUCCUGACAUGGAAGUGGAUGGUUUUGAGGAUUACAUAGAUGAUGCUUAUGAUUACAAGAAUGAGUACGAUUUCAAGUUGGGAAAUCUCAUGGAUUAUUAUGGGAUCAAAACAGAAGCUGAAAUACUUGGUGGUAGUAUCAUGAAAAUGUCGAAAACUUUUGACAAAAGAAGGGAUUCAGAAGCCGUUGGAUUGGCUGUAAGGUCUUUGAGGAAGGAAGCUAGGACUUGGUUCAACAGGAAAGAAGCUGCAUCGGGUGUUGGAACUGACGAUGUAUAUGCAAAAGCAUCAGCUUGGUACCAUGUUACAUACCAUCCUAGGUAUUGGGGUUGCUACAAUGAAGGAAUGAAUCGGGAACAUUUCCUUAGUUUUCCAUGGUGUGUUUAUGACAAGCUGAUCCAUAUUAAGAGGGACAAAUCUAGUAUUAGGAGGGCUCUCCAUUUGUCCUCUCUUGAACGGCAAUUCAGUUAUGGCUUGAGUUUGAGUUAGAUAUUCAGCAAAAUCCAAUUCCACGUUUAGUCGAUUUGAUGCAUUUGAAGAUAACCAGAACUUUAUUAUGUAAUAUAUAUGGGUGUGUCUGUAUUUUAUCUUUGUUGCUUAUUAUGUGUGUAUAUUUUCUGAACUAUUAGAUGUAAAUGCUCUAUGCUGAUGAUUGGUACUGGAAACUAGUAAUAUGUGAUUGGAAAGAUUUUGGGGUUUUCUUUUUCUUCCU